ACUGGAGCGUAUGAAAUACAAAAUUAGUCUGAUCGUUCUGCGCUUGGCGGAGGAGAUCUUCGGGUGAUGCGGAUCGAUGCCCCUUCCUCGCUGGAUCCUGGAUCCUCCCUCAGGAUCAUCCCUUGUGCAAUGGUGGAGGAGUCCACCCCCGUCCGAUGUGGGCCCCUUCUCCUGGCUGUGGUCCACCCUCAGCCGCGUGGUGGUGGAGGCUCCGCCAAGACGCGGGAACGUAACAUUGAACAUGUGCUUAGAGAAAGCGUGGGACCCAGAGAAACGCGAAAACAAAGUCCUUGUACUGGGCGAAAAUUUACGACCCUCUUCGAGUGCAUGAAAAGACAGGAUAUUCGUAGGAGAUCUUGAAACUUUCAAGAACUGUACGCGACUUAGUCGAAAACAACAUAUUCGAUACGGUCCCUAAUAAAUUAAUCUCUACAAACAUUCAAAGUGAAGCUACGUUUAUUCUCUGGAUUCCCAAACUUUCCCAAGCAUGAACACCCACGUCGAGUGGCUUUAACAAUAUAAGCUUUGUCUAUUGUACAUGAUUGCACGCUCAGAUAGUUUAAAUUUCGCUCUUAAUUUAUGGUCAUCGAUAUAACAAAGUACAGACGCGCUCUGUAAAUAUCCUCACGGUCGUGUUGCCAUACUACAAUGACUAUAUUCAGGAUGAUAACAAGUACGCUUGCGUUACUCCUCCCCCCUUAUUUAAAAAGGUGUUUCCAUGAAACAGCUUUUCUAUAUCCAUACGCCUUAAUAUUAGUUGCAUAUACAAUAUUAACAUUAUAUGGUGCUUUUCUCAUACAAAGUUCAUACAAAAGGUGAGCAACAGUUAAGUCUAUCUAACAUCCAAGGUAUUUUAUUACAUACGUGUCACAAAUACGAGCAACGAGAUGCUUAACAGUCUCCAAUUAUCAUACAAGUUGCAACGAACAUAACCAUACCAGUUUAAGCAGAUCCAUGUACAUAGUGACAGAGUCUAGACUAUAUUUAGCAGUAUUCCAAUUACGCGAAUACAAUAUGAGCACAUGUGUACAAAGAUUUUGUGCAGCGAUGGUCUGUGUGGUGGUGAUUCUGGCAAGAAGAUCAUCAAAAUAUUGUACGAAUGUUCGGGGUGCUGGUCUUGUGGCAAAUUCCGAGGGUAUGUUGGCCUUGGUGCCAAAGACUAAUUCGUGUGGAGAGAACCCAGUGGCUUCAUGCACUGAGGUGUUAUACGAAAAGAUGCAGAACCUCACCCAGUCAUCCCAGUCUGUUUUCGUGCAAUAUAUCUUUAGGUAAUUAAUAAGACUGCGAUGUGCCCUUUCGAGCGAACCUAAUGAUUGGGGAUGAAACGCUGUGGAAGUUAUAGUUUGGAUUUUGAAGAUUUUACAGAAGUGUUUCAUUAUACGACUAACGAAGUUUCUUCCCUGAUCUGUGUGUAUUACUCUUGGGCAACCAAAUCUACUGAUAAAUUGCUCAGCAAGUGCAAGGGCAAUCGUUACUGCAUCCAUGGAUUUUAUGGGAAUUGCAUCUGAAUAUUUCGUAAGGUUGUCCUGUAUGGUAAGCAGAUAUUGAUUUCCUCUGGUAGUUCUGGGUAAGGGUCCUACAAUAUCCAUCUGCACCUUCUCAAAGGCUCUUUGCGGUGUAUCAGUGAUUUGCAUAGGUUGUCUGGUUUUUGCACAAUAAUUUUUAUUUCUUUGGCAGGUUGAACAGGAUCGGACAAAUUCCGUGAUUUCUUUUGCCAUGCCUGGCCAAUAAAAUCGUUGCCGGAGGAGCUGGAGUAAUUUAAAGAUACCUCUGUGGCCUCCAACCACAGAUUCAUGGUAUUCUUGGAUAAUACGAAGACGACUCGACUCAGGUGGGAUAAUAACUUCUUCGGUGCACACGGUGAUUCUAUAUUUCGGGUCAGCAAAGUUUCUGAAUUCAAGGUGGCAAGAAGGGAUUUGAGGGACUUCAAUGAAGAUUCGACGUGUCCAAGAUCAAAUUCGCUUUGGGAUUCACUCUUGUAAAAUAAGAGGAAGACAGAGUAUCUAUCAUGAGGAAAGGCCAUGGCGUUACUGACUUCAAUUUGGUACUGUUGGAUCUGUUCGGGGGAACAUUCGAUUCUGCUUAGCAAGCCUUUGGUGGUUUGGGAAUUAUCGUCACCGGUUAAUGGGAUAAAAUGGGCGAGAUUAUCUCGUCGCACGAAAAGAUUUUCAUCUACACAAACUACAGCGGGUGGAGCAGGGAAAGGUAUUUCUGUCAGGGUUAUUCCUCUACAAGGUUUCCUUGCACAAAUCAGAUCGCCAGCCACAACAUUCACACUCUCAAUACAACUCAACUCUUCCACGUGCCCACCUGACUUUACCGUCCGAGGUGGUAGUUUCACGUGUCCACUCGAAUCUCCUGUUCGCAGUGGUCUCAUCGGCAGUUCACCCAACAACGCAGGACGGGGUGACGCCGGCAUCGCACACUCACCCGAAUCCCCUGUUUGGUGUGACGGCGGAACCAUACACUCCAUGGGAUCACUAUUCAUUCGUGGCGACCUUGAUUGCGCCUCAGACACACAGGUAUCUGAGUCGGAAAAUCCUUGAACAACAUCAAUUAAUUCGGUUUCUGCUUUCCCGCGCGCCAGGAAUGCAGAAGCCACCAUUACUUCAUUCCUAAAGCAUAAUGUCUCAUUCUUUUCGUCCGUCUCAGGGUUUGCAAUAGGAGUCUCAACCAUGCAGGUGAGCACCUCCUCUAGAUGUUCCGGGUUGUGAUUGGGUUUUAUGGUACGCUGUACAGGUCGUAGAUAAGGAAUAGGAUUUUCAGCGGGGUCAACGGGAUUCCGCGAAAGAGCAUUGGCAUUAGCGUUUACUCUCCCUGGUUUAUUACUACAUUGUAAUCAUAUUUGUUCAAUUUAAUACGCCACCUAAGCAGUUUGGAUGUGGGAUCUUUGAUACUGUGCAACCAUACUAGGGGCCUGUGGUCAGUAACCAAUGUAAACUGUCGGCCAUACAGGUAAGGUCGAAAAUGUUGUACAUCGUAUAGGACAGCUAAGAGUUCCUUCUCAAUCGUUGAAUAAUUUAUUU